UAACACACACCAUUGUACCACUCAUUAAAAAUGAGUGUUGAUAACAUUUUAAGCCUAGAGGCUAUACAUAGGGCGCUAGAAGGAUCUCUAGCGCAGGAACAGUUACUCAGAAAGCAAAGCGAAGAGUACCUAUUUAAGAUUACAACUCUUAAAGGAGCUAUACCGCUUCUACUACAAAUCAUAACCUCCAACCAUGUAGACGCCACCGUUAAAUUAGCGGGAGCAAUUAAACUCAAAAAUUUAGUAUUGUCACAAUGGAGAGAGGAAACAUCUAUCUGUCCGGAAGACAGGACGGCACUGUGGAACAGUAUAUACGAUGCGAUCAUAUCGGCAGGUGCAAAUAAUGACGCUGUAAGGCGACAGUGCUUCGAAAUCCUUCGACACAUAGUCUACAAUGCCGAAGAACGUAACAUCACAUCACUUGUAUAUAGGCUAAACGCAGAUAUAGAGCAGAGGAGAAAUGGAGAUAUCCUAAUUUGCGCCCUCAGGAUUCUACGCAAACUAAUGUAUCGCUACGAGUAUCACACAUCGAAUCUUACAGAUGAAGUAAAUGACUUAAUAGACCGCUUUUUUGGAAAACUUUUAAACGUAGCGCAAGAUGCAUCGAAGGCAGGGUUAGAUUCACCAGAAGCUGCAACCUGCAUACACAUGGUUCUGAAAAUCUACUAUUCAAUGGGAUUACUCACAUCACCUACUACGAAUACAGUUGAGAGCACUUUACAAUCAUGGAUGGCUCUGGUAGAAUUCGUUUUGGAUAAUCCACUGUCAUGGAACGCCUUGUUCGCUCCUGGAACUAGACCUAUGCUACCGUACGCUGAACUACCAGACGAAGAUGAAACUCGUUUAAGAGAACUUCCAAGGUUCAAGUGUUUGAAAUGGGCACUUCACAUACUUACAAAAUAUAUGUCUAGGCAAAUACCAAGGAAGGAAAAUAAAAAUGAGGGAAAGAAGCACUUUUCACGAUUCAUAAAAGAUAACUACGCAGAAGCUUUUACCAAAAAACUUUUGUUUGUUAUGCAAUCUGAAUCUACAGGAGCAGCGGUACUCACCAACCAUGCACAUCAUAAGAUAUGGACUUAUCUGAAGUACGCAGUCAGCUUCCCUACAAUAUAUAAUUCAGCCAUUAAACCAUGCGCACCUGUAAUCGUGCAAAUGUUGUUCCAGACGUUUGCGUGCAAUUGCAAUGAUGAAAAGGAAUACACAGAAGAUCCCGAGUCCUAUAUACAAAGCUGCGCAGAUGUAAGCUUCCAAUUAUUAUCACCCAGAGGCACUGCUGCGGACUUUAUCAAAGAUGCGUGUAAACUUCGUAGAGAAGAUUUUGUUCCAAUCGUUAUAGCUGCGGCAAGAGAUGUAUUUAGCAAUGGUAAAUCACCGGUAUCCGUUAUUUACGGAGUCAUGUGUCUAAUAGGACACGCGGCUAGCAGCGUACUGCAAAACACAAAACGACUGAGCAGUAAGAGCGCUGCCAAACCAGUGAGUAUACCUCAAGAGCAAUUGUUGGACGGAGAAGCGUUCUUAUCAACAUAUGUACUGCAGUUGUUAGGAUCACCAGACAAAUGGCUUCGAAUGCGCGGAGCAUGGCUUUGUGGACGCGUUGUGAUGACGACUGUUGUGUGGAGGGAUUCACAAAAUUUGCUCAAAAUAUAUUCCAAGUUGGUACAAAUGCUUGAUGAUGGAGAAGUUAUUGUGUCUGUCAUGGCUACUAGUGCAGUGCUUGCAUUCUUCCAUAACAAUGACGCUACUCUGCAAAAGACUAUUAUCGAAUUCCUACCACACUUGCUACAAAGCCUUUUCAAACUCAUGGAAAGAAUUGAGUUAGAAACAGUGGUGUCUACAUUAGAUGAAAUCGUGGAUAAGUAUUCCGUGGCAAUUUUGCCAUUCGGUGCCCAAAUCACUGAAAACGUCUGCAACGCUCUGUGGAACAGCAUCAGCUGUGGAGGCAAUUUGAGUGGAGAAGUGGAAGAUAUGUCAAGCGAUGAACAGAUUUUAGCUAGGUGGUCAAUGGUUCAAACGCUGACCUCGAUAGUCAAACUGGCCGCAGAUGCAGAUGCAAAAGACAUGACGCCAAAUGACUGUGACAUGUUUGCUAAAAUUACAAGACGUAGCGCAGAAUUACUGGUUUCUCUGUAUGAAAACCUAGAUAUAGACCGUAUAAUGGAUUAUUUAGAUGAUCUUGCUCUGAUUCUUGGUUAUCUGGCAAAAAUUGCGAAAAAGAUAGUGCUCUUCCUUGGUGAAGAGAAAGCAGCUGCACUUGGAGUCCGAUUCGAUGCGCUCUGGAAGAUUUUGGGGCUAUGUAUGAAAGCUAUCGGAGGUUAUCACGAUUUAGAUGUCACAGACGAUAACGAAAUUCCGGCUAUCAUGGCUGAAUUGAGCGUUUUGCGGGACCCUUUAAGGAGUUUACUUGCCCACGCUCCAGGCGGAUUUACAUUUGAUAUAGCCGUUCAAAUUACUACCCUCUGCCAACGAGGUGCCAUGUCCGAUGAUAAGGAACAUGCAGAACGACUCAUGGCAGACAUGUUUGAAGUAACUCUUAAGAGUCGUGUCUGUGACUGUAUACUAUCUACAGCUGCUAGGGAAUUGACACAAAAUGUUAUGCAAGAGUACGACGCUAUAAAGAAUACACCCAUGUACUACAAGUCAAGAAUUCGAUACGUCGCUAUAAUAUUGCUAUACAGCUGUGGAGAAGCCAAGCCACUAAGCAGCAUAGAGAGACGUGAUGAACUAAUACAGAUUGUACUACGUGCCGUGGUUGGAGAAAACUCCAAAUAUAUGAAAAAACUAUAUAUCAUGUGCCUAAGCGCCCUUGUACAAGUAGGAGUCACAUAUUGCGCUGGGGAAUACUUGCCACAAAUUAUCGAAGGCAUUUCCCUUGAAGGUGGAGAUGAUUCCAACGGUGAUAUGGAAUCCAACAUAGAUGACGAGGAUUUUGAAACUGAUAGUGUAGACUAUGACUGUAUCUCCGAAUACAGUGAUGACGAUGAAGACGAUGACUAUUAUGAUGAUGAGGACUACGAUGAAGAAGAUCUAGAUGACGGUUGUUCACCACUGGACGAUGACACUGUCAUUCAAAUGAAACGUAUAGCUACGGAAGGUAGAAGUAUGUCCUAAACUAUCAUUAAAACAUUUUAACUACUAUCG